AUACACAGUCAAAACUCGUAACAAAAGGACACUGGACACUGCUUUGUUUUUGUUUCUGUACGUACGUACAUACAUACAGAAGCCUAGUUCCUAUCAGAUGCGAGAGAGACUAAACUCUGAGUUGGGUCUCUGUUUUUGUAAGUGAAUUUUUGGUUUCCCUUUUUCAUGUGGGCAUUGUCAGCUAAAAGCAAAAUCCUGAGAGACUCUGAGAGAGUGGGAGGAGGAGGAGGAGGAGAGAGGGAGAGGGUAUUGGAAAGACUUGAUUUUUUAUCCUUUCGGUUAGAGUAUUCUUCAAAACCCAGCCUUUCCAGCAAUAUACAGUUGCUGUCUACCCUUUUUUUCUCCAUCAUCUCCAUUGGUACUAUUAUGAGUUUGUCAACAUCUUGAGUUCCCCCAAAUUUGUCUUCAAUUUAGAUGUACACCCUCUUCUGCUUUCCAUGAACGUUUUGGUUCAUGGCUUAUUGGCUUGUGUAGAGAUGCAUCAAAGAGCCCAUACACAGAUCAAAUCAGGGCUUGAGAAGCAGACUUGGGAGCAUUUCUGACACGGCUUUUCUUUCCUCGAAUAAGUUUGAGCUAUUGUUUUUUUUGGGGUCUGCAAAAGUGAGUGACAACUACUUGUCAAAACAACCGGGAAGCAAGUUUAAGAUUAGUAAUGCAAGUUCUUGGUGUGAAGAUGAGAGAUUUCCCAUCUUGUUUCGGUGAAAAUGGGGUUCAAGUUGCUGAUUCUUCCUCGUCAAGCGCCAGCAGGGCUGCCCAGAAUUUAGUUACUUGUGUCUAUCAAUGCCGUUUACGUGGCCGGUCUUGCUUGAUUACUGUCACGUGGAGUAAGAACCUGAUGGGUCAAGGCCUUGGAAUUGGGAUCGACGAUUCAUCUAAUCAGUGUCUCUGUAAGGUUGAUAUUAAACCCUGGCUGUUCUCCAAGAGGAGAGGGUCGAAGAGUUUAGAAGCAUAUUCUUGUAAAAUCGAUAUAUAUUGGGACCUUUCUGCGGCUAAAUUCGGUCCCGGGCCUGAGCCGUUGGAGGGAUUUUAUGUUGCAGUUGUUGUUGAUCGGAAAAUGGUUCUGAUUAUGGGGGAUUUGAGAAAAGAAGCUUUCAAGAAAACUAAUGCCAACCCUGUAAAUUCUAAUGCUGUUUGCAUUGCCAAGAGAGAGCAUAUUUUUGGCAAGAAAGUGUUUAGUACCAAGGCUCAAUUUUGUGACAAUGGUCAAAUUCAUGAUCUUGUGAUAGAAUGUGACACCAUCAGCGUUGAGGAUCCAUGCUUGGUGAUCCGCAUAGAUAGCAAGCCUGUAAUGCAGGUGAAGCGGCUUCAAUGGAAGUUCCGGGGGAAUCUUCCCAUCUUGGUUGAUGGGCUUGCGGUAGAAGUUUUCUGGGAUGUUCAUAAUUGGCUCUUCGGCGCAUCACUUGGAAGUGCUGUUUUUAUGUUCAGAACAUGCCUAUCAGCUGAGAAGCUGUGGGCUAGCCAACCACUUUCCAAUCCAAAUCCAUUUCCGUGGUCGUUCUCGCAAGGAUUUUCAGACUCCAAAACACAAUGUCUUGGCUUCUCACUGAUUUUGUAUGCUUGGAAGAAUGAAUAGAGAGAUUUGAUAAACUAUUCAUGGAGUGCUAACAAAAGCUUUUAGCGAGUGUUGAUUUUUAUCAACUCUGUGAUCAUAUUACACUGAAUUUUAUUAAAUGAUCCGUUUGUUUUCUUCUUA